GGAAAGCAGAGCCGAGAGCUCUCUCUGUCCCUGCUGCUCCUGGGGUUUGGGCUUUAGAGAUGGGGUUUUGCAUCGCUUGAUCCAAGAUCUCCCUCCUCACAGAUUCCUGAUCAUAACUGCUCCAUACUAGCGGGAAAGAGGACUCCAGAUGAUCCACAGAUCUCCUUUUCUCCAUUUCCCCUACCCGCCCCUAACUUCUGCUCACGUUUCAAUUUCUCGUGUCAAGUUUGUAUUUCUCGCGAUCGGAGGGCGGCGAGCAACAAGAAAGGUCACGGGUAAAGCACUCUUAAGUAAGGAGCGAGUCCGAAUCUACCAACACGAAUUUCCAUCCAGUCGAAGAAUUACCUUUCCAGAAGAAAUUCUCGCUCCGAUUUCUAGCGACAUUGGUACUCAUUAUUUGACUCAUUAUUUAACUCCGGUUCAACAACUAUACAACUAGAGAAUUGAUGGAAGCGAUGGAAUCAGGACCCCCGCCUGGCAAAGAGGACCUGAAGGAAAUCUUCAAGGCAAAAGAAGGUUCCACAAAAUCUAUUCAUGAUUUUAAGUUUGAAGAGUACAAUCUAAACCAGGAACAGAUUAGUGCUCUUAAAUCCAUCAUACAUGGUGUCAAUAGCAAGGAAAGACACUAUGAUGUAAUAUUGGGUCCAUCUGGAAGUGGAAAGACAACAGUGGUUGGCUAUAUGUUGCUGCAGCUUCAUAAAGAUAGCAAAUCAAUUGUUGUUGUGCCUACCACUUGAGAUGCUGCACAGUUAGUUGAUACAGUGGACCAGUUGACAACUAACAGUCCAGGACUAGUGAGUUUUGGAAGGAUGUGCAUUCUUGCUGAAGAAGUUAGUAUGAACAAGAGAACUUUACAGUUGGAUGUUGAUGUACAAUCAAUUUUGUACAGUAAUGUGUACCUAUUCUGGAGACCGUUGGCAACAGAACUGAUAAAAUCUAUCACGAAGUGCAAGAUCCUAUAUGAGCAUCAUGUGAGCAGCAAAGGUAGUCAGAGUCUUACAUUCCCAAGUUUCUUCAAGAAGAAAGCCUCUUCAGCAAUUAAGGACUUGCGACAAUGUUUCUAUUUCAUCAGAAGACUUCCAGAAUGGACAUUCAGUGGCAUCAACCUUGAUGACAUAACCAGGUUACUGCAGCAACUAUCAGAUAUGCAAAUGGGGUUGACAGAUCAAAACAUUGACAGCGAUACCCUGGAAUUUGUUUUCAGUGUUUCCCCUCCUCACAAGGAAUCAGCUUAUUAUCAUGAUGGAGCUGCUGCAGCUAGUAGGCUGAGAGAAAAAAAAUGUCUCUCUGCCUUGAAACAGUGGAGUUCAUAAAAUCCUCAUUGAAGUUGAAGGCAUUUGAAACACGAGAAGAAAUCAAGAAGUAUCUGUUAGACACAAGUAAUAUUGUUAUCUGCACUCCCUUGAGUUGCUCUACCAUUCUCUCCCUCCAGAAUAAGAAAAAUGGACAUGUGGUUGAUUUGGUUGUUGCUGAUGAUGCUUCUAGAAUAUCAAGUGAUCUGCUAACAAAAAUAUGUAGUUUUGGAAUUAAAAACAUUGUAUUAGCCUGUCAUAUGAUGCCUCAGCUACAAUCUGUAUACACAGAGUUAUCUUCUAUGAACACCAAAAUGCACCGAUUGACACAGCAAUACCAGCUCAAAAGAACGAAUUUCAUUGCCGAUACUAAUGUGCAGAAAUCAUCCACACCCUUCAUUUGGGUUGGAAUCCCAGAGCACUUGUUGGCUCCUAUGAGAAACCAGGGAAACACAGAAAAGUGUGCGCUACAUGCUUGCUUAGCUGCUACAGAGACCCAUUACAGAUUGGAAGCAGCGAUUGAUGAACCACCGAGAAAAUUUACCAUCAAAUUUUGUGUAGAAGAUAUGGAGAGGCAGUACAAAGCACUCACUGGAAAUGAACUUGGGUCAGAGACAUCUGAUGGCCAGAUGGGAAUAUCUAGAGUAGAAAAUGCAUUGAAAGCCUUGAAGAAAACGGGGGUCCUAGGAAAAGGAAAAUGCAGCAAAGAAAUGGUACCGGUCGCAUUUCGAAUAUAUCAUCAUUCGAAGAAUACACUAGCAAGGAUUUGGACAAAAUCUGUAGGCUUUUGGAGGAGGGAAGAGUUAUGGUUGGACCCUUCCAUAUAUCAAGAAACUACUUCACCUUGGACCCAAGGCAAGCAUACAAGUACAAUCCUGAAGAACCAAUCAUAAGUACAAAGACCAUAUUAACAUGUUCACAUUCUGUUAUGUUGAUUGGACUUGUACCUAUUGAGCCAUCAAAGGAUGAGAAAUCAGCUGAAUGUGGAGGCAGAAAAAUGAAGGAGCACAGAGAGAUUGUGUACCAAAACAGUUAUGGGAAACUAUUUGGAGACAAUGGAUUU